AUCGUUUCCAUACAAACACAAUCAUAAGUGAAUAACACGGCUUAGGGUCUGCGAAUUGGUGAGUUCGAAGUGGGGGUAAGGCGAUAUGAUACGUUAUUGAAGAUUUGAUUUUAUAUAUAUUUGAAUAGGAUUCAUCCUUACUCUGUUUGGUGACGAAGUAGGGAUCCGAAUCAAGUAUAUUUUAAAAGAAAAAUGUCUCAACAACAAGACGUCAUCGAACAGAAAGGGACUAAUCAAGUGGUUCAUAUCCGUAGUGACAGUGAAACUAAAUUAGAUGAGCUUUUUAAUGCCGUCAUACAUCCUAAGGAUUAUCCAGUGCCUGGCACAUUGCCUAUGAGGCUAAGAAACUUGCCACCUAGCUUUUUUCAGCAACCUGAAAAGGGUUCGAAAUCUCCGUCCCACUCCCGUGAAUCAAGUGCUGACAAUACCAAUUAUCCGACUGGACCUAACCCCUCCCAAAAGCAGCAAACGAUUCCGACUCAACUGCCCAGUGGCCUGCAAAUCAAUCAUCCUAGGGCCCAUUCUUCCCCAGCUUCAUUACAGCAGGGAUACUCUAAAAGCGGGCCUGUGUCCCAUCAACAUUUGAGGCAAAGGAGCUAUGGAGACUUGUUGGAUGAUAAUACACCUUUACCUCCAGGAUGGGAAAUGGCAAAAACUUCAGCUGGCCAAACAUAUUUUCUUAAUCAUUUAACACAAACAACGACAUGGGUUGAUCCACGUAAGAAAUUAACGUCAGGAAACAUGGCGGCAUCAGUCAAUAUGCAGAAUCUUGGUGCCUUGCCUAAAGGAUGGGAGCAAGCUACUACACUAGAGGGUGAAGUUUACUUUAUUAAUCAUAUAGAUCGCACCACAAGUUGGUUGGACCCAAGAAUACCUGCUCACCUUCAAAACCCUCCUACAGUAACUGCCCCUACUCAGAUGUCUGUAUCUGCUGCUCUACAAUCUCAAACAUCUUCACAGAUUCCCGGUGCUAACAAUGCAAAUCUGGUGAGACAGCUUCCUACUCAGACGAUAAAAUUGCCUUCGUCAAUUGCUGCUGCUGCUAUGAGCCUUCAGCAACAACAGCAGCAGCAACAACAAUUACAACAGCAGAACCUCCGUGUACAAAGCUUAGAAAUGGAGAGAGAGCAACUUAGACUCAGGCAGCAAGAAAUUAUGCGCCAGCAAGAGAUAUUGUUAAGGCAAAGUUUAGGAGAGAAGCUGACAUUAGCAGCCUCACCCACGGGAUCCACAGAUCUUCCGCCAGUGUCCACUAAUUUGGACUUGUUUUUGGAUGGAGGAACUGAUUUCCAUUCCCGACAAGAGAGUGCUGAUAGUGGUUUGGGACUAGGUCCAAAUUACAGCCUUCCUCACACUCCAGAAGAUUUUCUUAGCAAUUUAGACGAUGUGGAAGAUCGGCAAAGUAAUGAUCUCGGUCUUGAUCUUCAAACAAAUUUGGAUCUUGGUGAUGAUAACAUGGAUACAGAUGAUUUAGUUCCAAGCUUACAAGAAGAAUUAAAUGCUGAUAUAUUGUCUGAUGUUGAAGCUCUGUUGGCCGCCAACACAAAGGACAACGUUUUGACUUGGCUGUGAACUUAUUAAAUAUAGCAUGAUCUCAUAUGUUCCAUUACAUGGAAUAUGGAGAUGAAUAUUGAACUGAAUUGGCUCUAUUACACGUUAUUUGCUAUGAAGACUUUCGAACGUAGAGGAUUGUUUUGAAAGCUCUUAGUUACUUCUCAGUAAAAGUUUUCUUGGCUACCUCUAAAAGGCCCAAAAAAUGCGUGCGAUAUUGACUCAAUAUCCAACAAUAUUUAACAACAUUAGUACGAUGCCAUACAAUAUUGUGUGUUAUUUGGGUACUAAGCACUCUUAUUCUCUCUGUUUCUUAUUAAGGUAGAGGUUUACUAAUUCAACUUUUUUUCAAAUAUUAACAAUUGUACUUUUAUUUCUAAAUGUUUAAAACUAACCAAGGAAACUUUUACUAGAUAAUUAGUCUUCCAAAUAAAGUAGUAUUUCGUGGAUAUUUUUUUUCUUUUUAAAAUAAUUAGAAUAUAUAUAUUAUUGGGAUUGUUAUGUUAUCUUGUUAUGUACAUUAAUUAUUCGAAUCUGUAUUGUCGUCUGCUAAUCGGAAUUUCAUUUCGCUUUAUUAUUGUUUAUUAUUUUUAUCGUUUCCACUUACAAUUUCAUGAAAAUUGCAACAAGGCAGGGUCUACAAAAAUCAGGAAGCAAAACCAAUUUUCAGUAGCCACCAUGCUAUGGAAUGAAAAGCAACGAAAAAUUAGAACGCAAAACCAGGUUAAUAUUUUUUUUAAAAAUUUGGCGAUAACUUCAAUUUCUUCAGCGCCAUUGCGAGAUUUGUAGAACAUUGCAACAAAAAAAAGAAGAAAAAAAACAUUUAUGUUUCUUAUAAUUUGCAUUUAUUGUUGAAAGCAUUACAGUCAUACACCAGAAUUAAUUAUUUUUAAAUUAUAUCAUGCUAACAAAAAAAAAAUUAUUCUAAAUAUAUGAACGGAGUAGUGCUUAAUAAUCACAGAAAAACAAUUUUGAGAUUAUUUAAUUAUAUAUUAGAAUAGAUAGAACUGCGUGUUUCAUCUUUUAUAGCGAAACGAAGCUAGAAUAAGGAAAUGGGAUUUAUCCAAUAUAUUAGAAAAUUUAAAUUUGUUUAUUUUGUCAUUGUAUUUAAUACUUAACAAUAGUAUCUUUAUCUAUAUUAAUUUUUCAUAAUUAAUAACAGGGAAAAUUUGUUAGUGAUUAUUCUCAAUUUCCACUUUUAACUUCUUUAUUUGGAAGACUAAAAGAAGGUGAUGGAAAGGUUAUAUACGACUGUUUAGUUUGACAUCUGAAACUACAUGCUAUAUUUUUUUAAGUUCCAUGAUUUCAUUUAUACAGAAUCAUAAGUUUUGUGCUCAAAACUCUGUGCUUCAUUACUAUUUCAUGACCCCCCAAUUUUCAUUCAUUAUAUGUGUCACCAAGCACAGAGGGUCAUUUAUUUUUAUGAAAACAAAGUAUCAUGGCUAAUAAGGGUCUUAGAUGUGUAAAAAAAACUAAAUUCUUCAGGUCAGAAACUUUUAUUUCAAUUUAACUUUUUAAAAUAUUUUAUCUUGCGUCUGUUUACUAAUAUGUACUAAAUAGUUAACUUUAAGUAGGGUGUCUCAAAACAUAUGCUCAAACUUUAUAAAUGUGUACAUUUUUUACACUGUAAAACUCAAAAUUAAAAGUUAACUUUUUUUAAGAGUUUUUAUUUUACUUUUAUAAUCUAUAAAUAAUUCUAAGAAAUAUAAUUAUUUGCAAUGCGCAUUUAUUCUGUUUUGCUUAAAUUCAAUAAAAUUCUCAUUUGUUGUGUUUUCAGGCUAAUAUAAUCUCAGAAUAAUUGGUUUAAUGUUGAUUCAUAUUCAUAAUAUGGUGCCAAUUUGCUGCAAGUUUAAUAAAGAUUAAAUUACACGAUAAGGUCUAAAAUCAUGUCAUAUUAGGUUAGGUAUUUGGUUUGAUGUAAAUUUGAAUGAACCAUAAUAUGGUUCAUUCAAAUCCUUAAACUAUAAUAUGGUGUAUAAUAUAACUAAACCGUAAUAACGUCAUAUUAGGUAUUAGGGUUUAUGCAAAUUUAAAUGAUAGCUUAGCACAAAAUGAUUUAAAACUUCUAACACUGUGGUAUCAAAAGCCUACAUGAUGUGUUUUAAAGCACUACCAAAGCAAUCAUUGUAUUCAUAAAAUUAGUUAAUCUAUGGUGAUUACAAUCUAUGAUUAUUAAUCUAUGAUGACCUGAGCAUCGCAUUGCUUUUCAACCAAUUAUUAUACCAAAAAGUAGUAUCGAGAUUUGAACCCACAUUUUAAUUUUUAACAAACUUUUAAUGUAAUAGUUUUGAGACACCCUUCUUCACACUUCUGUGUACGCUUGCGCACUGAAAGCACUGGGCAUCAGCGUGUAACUUAACGUUACACGGAGCGAGCAGUACACUUCAUUUUUGAGAGGUAGCACCGAAACGUUUUUUAAAUGCGAUUUUUUUUACGAAAAGAUCUUUACAUUAAUAUACUGCACAAAAUCAUUAUUCAUUAUUUGUUUACUCUUUUUUACGUCUUAAUAUGUUUUCUUUCAUAUUGUAUAUUUUUUUCAUCAUGGAUAUCGAUAAUUUAGCUCGCCUCUCUUUGUACUAAUAGACUUACUACUUCUUGCUAACAAUGCAUAACUGCACACCAUACAGUCCUUGCUUUCGCAAGAAGCUAUUGGUUAAGUCUGUUUUGAUGUAAUAUUACGUCAUAAGAAGUCCCACUAAUUCACUUUUUAUAGAGAUUUUCGUAUCAUGAUAGGUUCUUACACUACUUGUUGAAUUGAAAUAAAAGUUUGAAACUUGAUGUUUUUUUAAUGAUAUAAUACAAACCCUGUGAUGUCUGUGCCUUAAAAUGUAAAAAAUGAAACGAGCAAUAAUUUUUGACUUGAUGAAUUGUUAAAUUAUUUUCAGGAAGCUUUUUAAUGUAAAUCAGAUAUUAUGUAUUGUUAUAUUUUGUAACAUUUCCAGUUGAUCAGAUAUUAUGUAAGUUGUACACAUCUUCUGUAUUUGGAAUGUAUUAAUUACUUUUACAGUUUUUAAUUGCGUUAUUUUUCAACAGAUUUGGUUUUAAAAAAUUUAGAAUAAUAUUCAUGCUUUUCUAAAUGCUGAUUUAAAAAAUAAGUUUUCUUUGAUAUCAUCAAAGAUAAUAACCAAAAUGUAUUUUGUUGAUCAUUUCCUAUCAAUUCUUUUUAAAUGUUAAUAUUCAACAAAGUGCAAAACUCUAAUUUACUGUACUCAUACAACAAAUAUUUACAAAUAAAAAUUUCAUCUAAA